AUGCUGCUUCUUGCGCCAGUCAGCCGUGGCCGGUACAAUCGUUACGUUUGGGCAGACGUAAGAAUUACGCACGUUCGGCCUGACGAGGAUUACAAAGUCUAUACCACAAAACCAAUUUGCACGAGCAAUGAUCCUCCCAUUGGAGUGUCAAACAACGCUGUGUACGAAUUGCUAUCAGAUGAUCUGUUCAUUGCGUCAAGUUCGUUCCAUCGACAGAAUUUCCAGCCACGAAAUGCUCGAGUUCUUAGAGGAAGUUUAGUAGCMUGGUGCGCGUCCAGUAAGCACGUGUCACAAGAAUGGCUCAGRAUUCACUUUGGUGGCUUCGUCAAGUUAUGUGGCCUUGGCUAUCAUGGGCUUCUUUAUACUAAGGAGUAUUUCACUCGCUUUGUCCUGCAGGAUGACAGUCAUAAUUCAAUCGGGGAGUUCUACCCAAAGACGUUCGAAUACUCGUAUUUUAAAAUAUCCUGGGACAAGAUUUUACUCGACGUCUACAUCAUUCCUUUAGAAAUAAGCUUCUGGCCAUGUGGAGCCUUUGAGUUCUUUGGUUAUCUUARUAAUAAUAGAGCUGGCUUGGAAAAACCAUCUUUCAAGUGGCAAGAAGUACGAAUAAAAGGACGGCAUUGUGCUGCUGUGGUAAACGCAUGUCCUAACAAUUCCCAUUGUUUCUCUCAUAUUGGUUUUAAUGAGCACUUGUGUGCCUGUGAUGUCGGCUAUACKUCCAGUCCAAGCAUAUCACAGUUUAAAGGCGGAGAUACGGCGUACAAAUGUAUAGAUGUAAACGAGUGCCUUACAGACAUUUGUAAGAAUGAAGCAACAUGCGAGAAUGAUGUCGGUAGCUACACGUGUUUUUGUACACCUGGAUGGACAGGAAGAAACUGCUCUGACGAUAUCAACGAAUGUUCACAAAAGCCCUGCAAAAAUGGAGGAACUUGCAUCAAUAACCCUGGCAGUUAUAUUUGUGUCUGCCCUGAAGAAUGGAAAGACCAUCAUUGUGAUCAAGACAUCAACGAGUGUGUGAACAAUCCAUGUCAGCAGCAUUCACAAUGCAUCAAUACUCCUGGGACCUACUCGUGCACUUGUAAAACUGGCUGGCAAGGGAAGCAAUGUAGCAGAGAUAUCGACGAGUGCUUGAAUUAUCCAUGCAAGAAUGGAGGAUCGUGUACGAAUAGUCCUGGAACCUACUUCUGCACUUGCAAGUCAGGCUGGACCGGUGGAAACUGUGAGAUAGAUGUCGACGAAUGCCUGGCUAAUCCAUGUCACAACCAAGGAACAUGUAACAAUACCCUUGGUAGCUAUAUAUGCAACUGUACGUUGGAAUGGCAAGGGCAACACUGCGAUCAAGAUGUAGAUGAAUGUCCCACAGAACCUUGUCAAAACAACGGUACAUGCAUCAAUACUGAAGGAAACUACACGUGUGACUGUACGGCAUCAUGGCAGGGGCAUAACUGUGACAUAGAUAUCGACGAAUGUUUGAACAACCCCUGCAAGGAUAAAGGAGUGUGUAUUAAUGCUGCUGGAAGCUAUGCUUGCACUUGUAAAUCAGGAUGGAAAGGGCAAGACUGUGAUAUAGAUGUCAACGAGUGUUCAAACAACGUAUGCAAGCACCAAGGAACGUGCACCAACACCGUUGGAAGCUAUACAUGUGAAUGUGCAUCAGGGUGGAAGGGGCAUGACUGUGAAAUAGAUGUGGAUGAGUGUUUAAAUAAUCCAUGUACUAACAAUGGAACUUGUGAUAAUACUGCCGGUUCCUACAUAUGUAACUGCAAACAAGGAUGGCAAGGAAAAAACUGUGAAAAAGAUGCUGAUGAGUGCCUUGUUAAUCCAUGYCGAAACGGAGGUACGUGUACGAAUAAUGUUGGAAGCUAUUCAUGUAACUGCACAGCAGAAUGGACAGGGAAAAAUUGCAAUCAAGAUGUGGAUGAUUGUCUCUCRCUUCCUUGUAAAAAUGGCGGAACUUGUCUUAACAACAUCGGAGGUUUCACAUGUAAUUGUAAGCCAGGAUGGCAAGGGGAAAUAUGUGAUCAAGAUAUCAACGAGUGCUUGGAUAAACCUUGUCAAAACGGAGGAACAUGUACCAAUACUGUUGGUAGCUACAYAUGCGCUUGCACAGCUGGAUGGGAAGAGGCGAACUGUGAUCAAGAUGWAAAUGAAUGUCUAAAAGAUCUGUGUAAAARUGAAGCAACGUGUACCAACAGUCCAGGAAGCUACAAAUGCAACUGUAUUCCAGGCUGGACAGGACAAAACUGCGACAAAGAUAUCAAUGAGUGCCUUGCAAGACCAUGCAAGCAUGAAGGCAAUUGUACAAAUACUGAAGGAAGCUACAUAUGCAACUGCACAGAAGCAUGGACAGGGCAGGACUGCCACUUAGAUGUGGACGAGUGCAUUAACAACCCGUGCAAGAACCAAGGAGUAUGCAUUAAUGCCAUUGGAAACUAUGCCUGCAAGUGUCCAUCAGGGUGGAAGGGCCAAGACUGUGAAAUUGAUGUAGAUGAAUGUCUUAACACUCCUUGUAAGAACGGAGGAUCAUGUACCAAUAGCGUUGGAAAUUACUCGUGUCAWUGUCUACCAGGGUGGAGAGGGGAAAAUUGUGAUGAAGAUAUAAACGAGUGCUUGACAAGUCCAUGUCAGAAUGAAGCAAGAUGCAUCAAUGGAGGUGGAAGCUAUAGAUGUUCUUGYACGGUAGGAUGGAUGGGACAACACUGUGAUGAAGUUAAACCAUCACACAUUGUCAACCUUGAUGUCACUGGAACUUUAAAAGCAAUUGACGGAUCUUUCGUCAACGUYCACUGCGCUGCCACAUGGAAUAUUGAAGCAGACCUAAAAUGGUCUAUAAAUAAACAUGACGUCACCGAUAGGUCACGUGGUAGUGUAUACGUCAAUGAUAACAUUGCCAGCGAACUUCAAGUCAAUUUUACUAGCAUCUCAGACAUCAAGUCUGUUUUCAAAUGUAAAGAGUUUGAAAGCUUUCGAUGGAGGUGUACUGUUAACGUUGUUUGUGAGGUUAUUCRUGGAAAUAUCACUGAUGACAGAAAAGAACAGGAAAUURCUAUUGUCAUAGGUCAAAAAGCWAAAAUUACCAGUUCAGAUGUCAUUGGGAUCUUAAAGYCUCAACAAGGAUCCUCAAUUACKGUGCGAUGUACAGCUAUCGGCGACAAAGCCACMAACAUAAGGUGGUUCUCUUCACAARUAGAAGUAACUGGUAAAUCAGCCGGUACGACUUACAAUGGCCGUCUUAUUACCAGCCAAAUACAAGUGAACUUUACCAGUGCUUCAGAAAUCACAUCGACCUACACGUGUAAAGAGAUCAAGGGUUUUCAGUUGAAAUGUAGGAACAUAGUUACAUGUCAAGCCGCACGAGGGAAUGUUAUUGAUGACACGAAGGAUCACACUGUUGAAAUUACUGUUGCUCGACAAAUACAAAUCAGUAGCCUAGAAGUCGUGGGUGACUUGAGCAGUCAACAAAAUGAUCACGUCGUAACCUUCAAAUGCACAGUGACUGGAGACGAGUCGGUGUCUGUACGAUGGUUUCUGUGUGGUCACGAUAUAACUGAUAGAUCCCUUGGUAGUAGCUACGUCCAGGGAAGAACAACUAGUCAACUUGAAGUCAACUACGCAAGUAUUUCAGAUGUCUUAUUGGGCUGCGAUUUGAAAUGCGACGACACAGGGGAGACAAAACUAAAAUGCACAGCGGAUGUCUCGUGCAACGGAGUGAGACCAAACUCUGAAGAAACYAGGAAGACGCAAGCAAUGAAAGUGUAUGUUUCAAAAUCGGCGUCACCCAAGAAAUCUAAUUCCUGGGAAUGCUUGUUGAAUGUCAAAACAAUAAUAAAGGAUUUAAACUACAGAAAAUGGACUAUAGGCUUCUAUAAAGAGACGAAAUCGUCUGGAAAUGUAGUAUGUAUAGAUCGAUAUGGUAAUAGUAUAGAAGCAGAGAGAGAAAGUAGUGUCAUUAAUGUCAAACCCCUCAAAGAAAGCAUUGCCAAAGGAAAAAGAGUACUGGCUCCAGUAACCAGAGACAAGUAUAAYCGUGAAGUGUAYACAGCUGUACAGAUAGAGACUGUGAAGGGAGAUAUAGUUACAACAAAACCCCCAGGUUGUGAAGUGAUUCCUCCUCCUGUUGGUCUAGGGAUCGAUAAAGUCUACAAUAAAGUACCUGAUAAACACUUUUCCGCCUCGAGCAUAUACUCUAAUUCGUAUCCAGCCCGUUAUGGUCGCUUGUACCAGUCUAACGACGAUACAUGGUGUUCAGAAGCAGAGUCUUAYGAUUGGAUCAAAAUAGAUUUCGGAGCCUGGAUAAAACUUUGUGGUAUGGGAUUUCAUGGGUCAUUUACUUAUAAAGAAUAUGUCACGCUUAUGGAUCUGAAGACGUAUUCAGGUCAGCAGAUAGCGAGAGUCGAAGCAAAAACUUUUGAAUACGAGUACUUCCCAAUAUCUUACGAUACUCCCAUCGAUAAGGUCCAUAUUAUCACAAGAAAAUACGUAACUUGGCCAUGCGGCAACUUUGAGUUUUUUGGAUACAGGAGUCGUCAAUGUGAUGGAAUGUCCAACGAAUGUCCUUCAGGGUCAUAUUGCUCAAAACAGUGGGGAUUCAACGAGUACGAAUGUACUUGUACYAAAUCAGGAUUCGGUUCAACCAACAACCUGGUGAAAUUCAGAGGAGGAGAAGCAACUGAUCCUUGUGCUGAUAUCGAUGARUGUAAACUUAAUAAGUGCAAGAAUCAAGCAACAUGUGUGAACACUGUUGGAAGCUAUUCAUGCCGUUGUCAAAAAGGAUGGUCRGGCUAUAACUGYGACCAAGAUGUCAACGAGUGCUCAAAUUACCCAUGCAAGAAUGGAGCCACAUGUGUCAAUACCCAAGGAAGUUAUAAAUGCAAKUGUGUGAAAGGUUUUGAGGGGCAACAAUGUCAAAAUGACGCAAAUGAAUGCCUUAACAAUCCGUGCAACAAUGGCGGAACUUGUUUGAACAGCCGUGGCAGCUACUCGUGCACUUGUACCAAAGGAUGGCGUGGGAAGCAUUGCGAAACUGAUGAGAACGAAUGUCUCAAGUCUCCAUGUAAGAACGGUGGUACUUGCACAAACACACAUGGUAGCUACACUUGUUCUUGUAAAUCAACCUGGCAAGGAAAGAACUGUGCGCAAGAUAUCAAUGAAUGCCUCAAUCGUCCUUGUAAAAAUGGUGCAAAAUGUCUUAAUUAUGAAGGCAGCUAUACAUGCGUCUGUAUGACAGGUUGGCAAGGAAAACAUUGCGAACAAGACAUCAAUGAAUGUAYAUCGUUAAAGCCUUGUAAAAACCAAGCAACAUGUACCAAUCUUGCUGGAAGUUACAAGUGCUCGUGUGCCUCUGGAUGGACCGGUGUCAACUGUGAUCAAGAUAUUGAUGAAUGYCGAUUGAAUUUAUGCAAGAAUCAGGCAACCUGCACAAAUGCACCAGGAGGCUAUGCAUGUCGGUGUCAAAGUGGAUGGCAAGGAAAAAACUGCGACCAAGAUAUAAAUGAAUGUCUAAAGCAUCCAUGUAAGAAUGGAGGAACGUGUGUUAAUAACAAAGGCAGUUACAAAUGCGCUUGUAAAAUUGGCUUCAAAGGCCAGUGGUGYCACGAAGAUGUCAACGAGUGUUUGAACAACCCCUGCAAGAACCAAGGGACGUGCACCAAUACUGUUGGAAGCUACUCGUGUGCUUGUACAGCAGGAUGGAAAGGAWUUCAUUGUGAAAUUGAAAUUAACGAAUGUGUCCGAAAUCCAUGCAAGAAUGGCGGAACGUGUGUCAAUACUAUUGGAAGUUAUUAUUGUGUCUGUAAACAGCAAUUUCUGGGUCAAAACUGUGAUCAAGAUGUUGAUGAGUGCAAAUGGAGUCCUUGUCAAAACGAUGGUACCUGCACAAACAGCCAUGGUGGCUUCCUCUGYACRUGCAAACCAAACUGGAAAGGGAAAAUCUGCGAUGAAGAUGUGAACGAGUGCGAUUUGAAUCCCUGUCGUAACAAUGGAAUAUGUACCAAUACUUUUGGGAGCUAUAAAUGCAGCUGCGCAGCGGGCUGGAAGGGAAAAAUUUGUAAUAUAGAUAUCAACGAGUGUGAUGCCAAACCAUGCUACAAUGGUGGAACGUGUACCAAUACCCAAGGAAGCUACAUGUGCACUUGUAACGAACRCUGGCAAGGAAAACACUGCGAACAAGAUGUAAAUGAAUGCCUGGCGAGUCCAUGUCACAACCAAGGAACCUGCAGUAAUCUUCCUGGAUCCUAUAAAUGCUCUUGUAAAGCAGGAUGGAAAGGCCAACACUGUGAUAUAGAUGUCAACGAGUGCGAUGACCUCCCUUGUCAGAACGGCGGARCUUGCACAAAUGCUAGRGGAAGUUACAUUUGUGCUUGUACCAUAAGCUGGAAAGGAAAAAACUGCGAUCAAGAUGUGGAUGAAUGUUUGACAAAUCCAUGUCAAUACGAAGGGAAAUGCAUCAAUACUCCUGGUACCUACAGGUGUGCUUGUAUGGUYGGUUGGCAAGGUUAUAAUUGUGAUCAAGAUGUAAACGAGUGUCAACACAAGAAUCCAUGUCACAACGAAGGAACGUGUACCAACACUGCAGGCAGYUAUACAUGCGAAUGCUCCAAAGGAUGGAAGGGGAAAAACUGCAUACAAGAUGUCGAUGAGUGUACAAAAAAGCCAUGCAAGAAUCAAGGCGAAUGCAAGAAUACUGUUGGAAGUUACUUAUGUAAYUGUGCUGCRGGAUGGCAAGGGAAACUGUGUGUUUCAGAUGUUGACGAGUGUUCUAUCAGUAAUUCAUGCAGGAAUAAUGGAGAAUGCAUCAAUAAUGUUGGAAGCUACACGUGUAAAUGUGCGACUGGCUGGCAUGGGAAACAUUGUGAAGUCGAUGUCGAUGAAUGUUUAACCAGYCCGUGCAAGAACGGAGGAACGUGCGCUAACACCCCCGGYAGUUUCGUAUGUGCUUGUGYUCCAGGCUGGAAGGAUCAUCUAUGUGAUCUAGAUGUUGAUGAGUGUCUCGCGAGYCCAUGUCAAAAUGGAGGGACUUGUACCAAUCAGAUUGGGAGCUAUGUAUGUACUUGUAAGCCUGGCUGGAAAGGAAGACGCUGCCACGAAGACGUCAACGAGUGCUUGAAUAGACCAUGUAAAAAUGGAGGAACAUGUAGCAACGGUGUAGGAAGCUAUAGAUGUGCAUGCCUMGCUGGAUGGAAAGGACAGCAUUGUGAACUAGAUACAAAUGAGUGCCUUGCUAAUCCUUGUAAAAACGGAGGAACGUGUACCAAUAAUGUUGGCAGUUAUUCUUGCCAGUGUGGUCCGGGCUGGAAAGGGCAACAUUGUAAUGAAGAUGUCAAUGAAUGCUUGGCAAAGCCUUGCAAAAAUGGUGGAACCUGUAUGAACAAACCUGGAAGCUACAUGUGUACUUGUGCACCAGGAUGGAAGGGACUAACUUGUCAUUAUGACGUUAAUGAGUGUCUAAAUUACCCGUGUAAGAACCAAGGGACGUGCACCAAUACUGUAGGAAGCUACUCGUGUACUUGCUCUACAGGGUGGACUGGAGCAAACUGUGCUCAAGACAUUGACGAGUGCGCAAGAAAGCCAUGUUUGAAUGGAGCCAAGUGUUUUAACAGCGUUGAUAUCAAUGAAUGUCUACUCGCGCCAUGUCGACAURACGGUCUGUGCAUCAACAAUGGUGGAAGUUAUACAUGCGUUUGCAAACCCGGCUGGGAAGGACAGCAUUGUGAGCGAGAUAUCAAUGAAUGCGCGAGAAAUCCAUGUYUGAAUGGUGGGACAUGCACAAACAGCGCUGGUAGUUUUUCCUGCGAUUGUAAAACUGGCUGGAGGGGCAAACUGUGCCACGUGGACAAGAACGAAUGUUAUUCGCUGCCAUGCCUCAAUGGAGGAACAUGUGUCAAUAAUAAAGGAAGCUUUACUUGUGACUGUACUCGAGGAUGGUAUGGAAAAUACUGUGAAAAAGACAUCAACGAAUGCAUUAACAGCCUCUGCAGAAAUGACGGGACAUGUGUCAAUACUAUAGGAAGUUACAAGUGCCUUUGCACGUCGAAUUGGAAAGGAAAACAUUGUCAUGAAGAUGUUGAUGAGUGCACUGCUAAUAACCCAUGCAUGAAUCAAGCUAAUUGUACCAAUCUUGAGGGAAGUUACAAAUGCAUUUGCCCAAAAGGAUGGAAAGGCGAUGAUUGCAAUAUCGAUAUCGACGAGUGCAUUUAUCGCCACUGCAAGAAUCAAGGCGUAUGYGUCAACACAYUGGGAGGGUAUUCUUGUUCGUGUAGGUACGGUUGGCAAGGAGAAACGUGCUCUGAAGAUAUCGAUGAAUGCUACUUGAAAACUCCGUGCAAGAAUAACGCAAAGUGUACCAAUACUCCUGGAAGCUACAAAUGUGCGUGUGAACCAGGAUGGAUGGGACAAGACUGUAAUUUCGAUCUGGACGAAUGUCUUUCAUUUCCUUGCCAAAAUGGAGGCAAGUGUUUAAACAGCAUGGGGAGCUACAAGUGUGUUUGYUCACCCUUUUGGAAUGGCAAACACUGCGAUCUAGAUAUCGAUGAGUGUUAUUUGAAAAACCCUUGCAAACACAACUCACCGUGCACGAAUACAGAAGGGGGAUACAAAUGUACCUGYGAACCUGGAUGGAAAGGAACGGAUUGUGAUCUAGAUGUUGAUGAAUGUCUUAAUAGUCCAUGUAAAAAUGGGGCAACAUGUAUUAACAAUGUUGGUAGUUAUAYAUGUCACUGCGUUACGGGCUGGUUAGGAGAUCUUUGUGAUAAAGAUAUCGACGAGUGUUUUUUGAAAAACCCAUGCAAGGAAGAAGCAGUAUGUACAAACACACCAGGAAGUUACGAAUGUGCCUGUGCAGAGGGCUGGCAGGGAGAUUACUGCGACCAAGUUUCAAUUUUUAUUCGAACAACACGUGUAGAUAUAGAUGAAUGCAUUGACUCUCCGUGCCUUAAUGAAGGAGUAUGUAACAACACGAUUGGAAACUACACUUGUACGUGUAAUUCAGCCUGGCAAGGACGGAAUUGCGACGAAGAUGUGAACGAGUGUAUAAUCAACACGUGUCGUGAAGGAACAACUUGUAUCAAUACUCCUGGCAACUACAAAUGCGAAUGCUUCGCAGGAUGGCAAGGCGAUGAUUGUAACAAAGAUGUUGAUGAAUGUCUUAAUAGUCCAUGUAAAAAUGGGGCAACAUGUAUUAACAAUGUUGGUAGUUAUACAUGUCACUGCGUUACGGGCUGGUUAGGAGAUCUUUGUGAUAAAGAUAUCGACGAGUGUUUUUUGAAAAACCCAUGCAAGGAAGAAGCAGUAUGUACAAACACACCAGGAAGUUACGAAUGUGCCUGUGCAGAGGGCUGGCAGGGAGAUUACUGCGACCAAGUUUCAAUUUUUAUUCGAACAACACGUGUAGAUAUAGAUGAAUGCCUUGACUCUCCGUGCCUUAAUGAAGGAGUAUGUAACAACACGAUUGGAAACUACACUUGUACGUGUAAUUCAGCCUGGCAAGGACAGAAUUGCGACGAAGAUGUGAACGAGUGUAUAAUCAACACGUGUCGUGAAGGAACAACUUGUAUCAAUACUCCUGGCAACUACAAAUGCGAAUGCUUCGCAGGAUGGCAAGGCGAUGAUUGUAACAAAGAUGUCGAUGAAUGCGAAGGAAAUCCUUGCCAGAAUGGUGGUUUUUGCACCAAUACGAUAGGAAGUUACAUCUGUGCUUGUACAUCAACAUGGAAAGGACAAAACUGCGAUGAAGACGUUGACGAGUGUGCCCUGAGAAAUCCAUGYAGAAAUGAAGGAACGUGUAUCAAUCUGCGAGGAGGGUUCAUGUGUUCUUGUAGUGAUGCAUGGAAGGGAUGGAGCUGCAAUGAAGAUGUCGAUGAAUGYCUUGUUUCCAAUCCUUGUAAACACGAUGGUUGGUGUGUUAACAACAUUGGUAGCUACUCGUGUUACUGUAGUAAUGGCUGGCAAGGCAAACACUGUGACGAUGAUCUCGAUGAGUGUUUUUUGAAGAAUCCGUGCAAGCAUAAAUCCAUAUGUAGCAACACUGUUGGCAGUUAUAGCUGUGCCUGCUUACCAGGAUGGGCGGGCAGCAAUUGUGAAGCCGAUAUCAACGAAUGUCGWGAAAACCCAUGCGAAAACGGUGGAACAUGCGAAAACAAUCCUGGAAGCUACAAAUGUACUUGCAAACCUGGUUGGCAAGGUGAAAAUUGCAAAAAAGAUAUCGAUGAAUGCUCUAAAAAUCCGUGCAGGAAUCAAGGAAAUUGUGUAAAUAGUGCUGGAAGCUACAGCUGUACUUGUAUCACCGGUUGGAAAGGACAAGACUGUCAAACAGAUAUUGAYGAAUGUGUUUCGAGUCCUUGUUUAAAUGGAGCUACGUGCACAAAUAUUGAUGGAAAUUAUACCUGUACUUGCGAUAAAGGCUGGUUUGGAAAACACUGUMAUCAAGAUAUCGAUGAGUGUUUAGCAAGUCCUUGCCAUAGUCUGUCAACCUGUACUAAUACGCCUGGCAGUUAYACAUGUACCUGCAGAAAGGGCUGGGAAGGUCAACAUUGCAAUCAAGAUAUCAAUGAGUGCGUCGUGGCAAAUCCAUGCAGGAAUCAAGGAAAAUGUUCCAAUUCACGUGGAAGUUAUUCCUGUAGAUGCACAGAAGGAUGGAAGGGAAGUAAUUGUGAUAUGGAGGACUGUGAGUUAGAUACGAACGAAUGUCUAAAAUUUCCAUGUAAAAACGGUGGAACAUGCGCCAACAAUCCAGGCAGCUACCUGUGUUUUUGCGUACUAGGAUGGCAAGGUCAAAACUGUGAUCAGGAUUUGAUCGAAUGUCUUCACGAUCCCUGUCAUAAUGAAGGCACAUGCAUCAACAAUCCAGGCAGUUUUGCAUGCGCCUGUAAACCAGGCUGGAAAGGAAAAACAUGUGAUCAAGAUGUCAAUGAGUGUUUAAUAUACAAACCAUGUAAGAGCGAGAAGGAAUGUAGGAAUACUCAAGGCAGCUACACAUGUUCUUGUACUGGAGGAUGGAAAGGAAAAAACUGCGAAAUAGAUAUCAACGAGUGUUUGACCAAUCCAUGYCCUAAAAGAGCAACGUGUGAUAAUACUGUUGGAAGUUAUAAAUGCAACUGUAAGCCAGGUUGGCAGGGACUUAACUGCAACCAAGAUACCGACGAGUGUUUGAAACGUCCAUGCAAGAACCAAGGAAAAUGUGCCAAUACUGCAGGAAGUUACAAGUGUACAUGUGCAGGAGGAUGGAAGGGACAAGACUGCGACGUGGCUCCAAUAGCUAAAGUUGUAAGCUUGGCAGUCGUCGAUACCGUUACCACUCAAAAUGGUUCUUUCGUGACAGUCCGUUGCGUGACCUCUCGAUAUAAAGGCGUCACUAUCAAAUGGCUUCUUAGUGGCCAGGACGUUAGUACCAAGUCACGUGGUAUCUGGUAUGUAAAUGAGUAUACGAACAGUCAACUGCAAGUAAACUUCACSAAUGUUCUUAGUGUGAGCCCAGAGUACAAUUGUCAAGAAGCCAAGGGGUUUCAGCUUGACUGUACAGCAAUGGUAACAUGUCAAGCCGUGCGUGACAGCGCUUUGAAUGACAGGAAAGAUCACGUGAUAAAGAUUACCUUGGCACGUAAACUACAUAUAAAGCACUUGGAUGUUGCUGGCAGCUUGCGUAGUACGACAAGCACGUUUGUUACCAUCAGGUGCGUCGUAUCAGGAGACGAAGCUGUCAUGAUAAAAUGGCUUCUUUGUGGUCGAGAUAUCACCGAGAGAUCGCUCGGUAGUAGCUAUAUCAAGAGCGAAACAUCAAGCAAACUAGAAGUGAACUAUGCCAGCGUAUCCGAUAUACUCUCACAUUGUAAGUUCAAAUGCGAGGACGUGGAAAACUCACAAGUUAAAUGCAAAGCYGAAGUUUCAUGUCAAGCUUUACGAGCGAACACCAUUGGACUUAGAAAAGAUCAAGUAAUGGCAGUAUACAUGCCGAAAUCUAGUACUUCAGAAGAAUCAAGUUUGUUGAUUGUWAUCGUGGUUGCUGUUAGCUUAAUAGUAUGCUUAAUUAUAGGAAUUGUGGCUUCGUUUUGCUGGUACUCGGCGAAAAAAAGGAAAAAAUUGAAUUGA